UCUCUCUCUCGGGGGGCGUGUCGGAGCGCGCUGUUAGCAGCGGUGUUUUCCUCUUAAAAUGGCUGCAGUAGAAAACAGAGGAAUUUAAAAUAGAAACAGAAAAGUCUCCAGUCUGUGUCUGUGGUUCGUGUCGGGCUGAGGCAAAUUCUACUGGAUUCUACUGAGAGAGAAACUUUUCAAUGAACUGCACCAGGGUCCUCCACAUCCUGAACCCUCGCCCCGGGGGUUCUUCUCCCAUCAUUCCUGUCAACAUGGCUGUGAGGAUCUGCCUGGCCAGCUCUCCUCCCCUCCGCUCCUUCCUUGGUAACUAUGAUAACUGCUGUUCAUCAUCAGCAGCUGCUCUGCUGCAACACUGCAAACCGCUACGACCGUGUCUGAGCAGCAACGUAACCAUGGCAACCACAACCUCACCAUCAGCGGCCAGGGAGAUCAGCAGCAGCUCGGGGAGGGCGAGGAGGAAGAAGAAUGUGGUGUUUGCUGACUCUCAAGGUUUGGCUCUCACUGCCAUCCAUGUUAUCGACGAGGCCGAGAAUGACCCGCUGACUGAGCUGCAGUUCCAUCUAACUGAGAUAGAGGGCGCCACCGCUGCACUACACCUGGGAGGCAACAAAGAUGUUACAGAUUGUGGUUCAGGCCUGGUUCUUGGCUUCACCCAGCCAGCUGCAGACUAUCUGGACCUGAGGAACCGACUCAAAGCCCAGCAGGUUUGUCUGGAGACCUGCUCUGUCCAGGAGCGCAUUCUCUCAGGCACUGUACAGGUCCGAAAUAUCUGCUUUGAGAAGUCCGUCUCUGUUCGGAUUACCUUUGACUCCUGGUGCUCCUUUCAGGAUGUUCAGUGUCGCUACCUGAACAACGUCUACGGCUGCCCCGACACUGACACCUUUUCCUUCUUGGUCUCAGUGCCGGAGCUCCUUGAGCCCUCCAACAGAGUAGAGUUCUGCAUUCAGUACCAGACUGAAGACCAGACCUUCUGGGACAACAACCAUGGGAACAACUACGGUCUGGUAGUGGCGGACCCAAAUGGCAGCCCAAAUCGGAGCACUGAGAGUACAGUGGGGCUGGAAAUUCAGAGAGACGGCGUUGGAGAGCAGAGGGAGGAGAUGGAGUUUGAUCCCUUUGGCAGUCCCAGGACGUCAGCAGGGAUCUUCCCUGAGUGGCAGAGCUGGGGUCACAUAGAGACUACUGCCCCCUACUGGUGAGACCACAACAGGACAUUUUUGAUGUUGCACUCACUCUGUGAUCUUGUUGUCAGAGAUUCACAGGACCUUCACAUGAGUACCUAACAACCACAUCAUAGGGGAUCCCGGUGUGGUUGUGUAAUACACUAUGGUCUUUCACUUGAGUCACUUCAGCUCCCUAAAAUUAAUUAUUUUAAGUGUUUAUGAAAGAAGAGUGUAACCUCUGGAUGACUAACUCUGGCACAACUGGAUUUCAUACUCCCAGACUGACUUGAAGUACCAGGACUGGCCCAAGUGGUUCCAGGUGCAAACUUGAGCUGAUGAUCUUUUAAAAUAUCCCAGCUCGACACCUGAACCAUUUAUGAAGCCUUAUAAGCUCCAUCUUCAGCCAACACUCAGCCACAGCUGGACUGGCUCACCUGGGAUUGCCUCAUGGGAAAAGAUACACAGAAUCAGGAGUCAUGAAAGCUUUGUAAAAGCCCCCAAAUGAUUUGUCAACCUUCACAAGGAUCCACUAGAUGAUCUGUAAAACUUCAGAUGAUCCACACAAAUGUAUGUGCUUUCCUAAAACCUCCCAAAGAUUAAUGAUGAGUUCAAGGUCUUACAUGUGCCUCACAAAGCUCCACAAGGCUUCAUUAUUCAUAAUCUUCAUACAGAGGUUUUGUAGGAGUGCUUUGAAUAAAGCUUCCAUUGAUUUUGAUUAAACAUCACAAAGCUUUGUGUUCUUCAUAACAGCUGAGCAACCAGGUCCUUCUAUUGAGAAUUCAUCAAUAUUAGGAUGAUUGAUCAACAGAGGAUUUAUGUGUUCAGGUCCAAGGAUGUGACAUGUUCCUAAAGUUCCCUCUUCAUUUCCUGCAUUUUCAACUACAGACCUCCCAUCUCUUCUCUCUCUCCCACCAUGACAGCUCAACUGAAGCCCUUUAGGAUGUCAAAGUGCUGAAACAGCUGUCAGUCAAGACCAGCAACAUGGCUUCAAGCCCUGAAACACCAGCCUGAAACCUUGUGUUGAGAAUAUUCCAGAUGCCUGAAAUCAGUCAAACAUUUAGUGUUAAAAAGAGUUUUACUUGUUGUGCUUUGCACUGACAACUUUUCUGCAGACUGUUGAGUCUUGUUUGUUUGUUAAACCUCGAUGCCUUCAGGCUCAGUUCAGCUUUGAUGAUCUUUAACAUUGAGACCUAAACCCAAAAACCUCACCUGGCUCAGUUUGGGUCUUGAGCAUGGCUGAAACCAAAUGUCCGGACUUUCCUGCACCUACAGACGAACUUGGCAUUUGGAUUCAGUCCAGUAUGAAAAGUUAUUUUAUUCCUUUUUGGGGUUCUGUAGAAAUGUUUAUUCCCCUGAGGACCAAUACUUUAUAUUUGACUUAUCAGUUGCUUGACAAGACUGACACAAGCAGAAUGAGCAAAUAGUUAAACUGCUAUGAAUUCAGAGUGAACUGAGCCAACCCCUGUCUCAGGGUCUAUUCAAACAGAAACCACUGUGAAGUUUCUGGACUGUUGGAGUUGGAGUUUCAGUCUACGCUAACCACACCAAAACUCAAAGAGAGGAACCUGCACAUAUCUGAUAAUUUUCUGUCCUCACAUUGGAGUUUAUAAAUUUAGUGUUCAACACAUUUGGUGUUAAACAUCACCAUCCUGGUGGUGUGAGCAAAACAGGUAACUUUACAAGGAAAGAUUUUAAUAGUGUCACGACCAGACCGCCUCGCAAGACCUCUAUCUUGGAGACUAUGCAGAAAAUAAGAAUGACUCACUUCUGUAUGUUCCCAGUUUGGAUUCUGUUUUCGGACUAAAGGUUUCUCUAGUAUGGAACCAGGGCUGUAGUACGAGAGUCCGGUCUCAAGACAUUGUUUCUAUUAUCUCACACUCGUCUCUGUCUUAGAGGGGUUUUGACUCAGACUUGAAUUUGCUGUCCUCUGUACCUAUGAAACCAUGGAUAGAUUGUAUUUGUGGCAACCUCCUUCCCCCUCCCGUUCUAAAAGAUGCUAACUGUGCUAAAGAGGUAUAUCUGGUAUUUCUCUGCCCCUGGUAGAAAGUAGUUACAGAACAACCUGAGUUCUUCUUGGUGUUGCUAUGCAGUUUAGUAUCCUACUGUACUCUUGCUGUCAUGGUAUCUGCUAUAGACGGAGAUUGGUCAAGCUAAACCUGCACUUCCUGUUAGCUCUUGUAGCCAUACCAUUUUAAAAGCUUUUAAAAAUCCACUUCCAGUGCUCUUACCCUGAUAGUGUGUGUAUGUGUGUGUAUGUGUUUAUUUGUUUGUGUGUGUCUGUGCUUUGGAGACUGAAGGAAAAAGUAAAGUAUUUAAAUUGAAUGUGGGAGUUCAUGUUGUCAGCCUGUAACUCUGACUCAAAGUCAUUUCAGAGUCUUGAGCUUUGUCUAUGUGGAUCUGCCAGAAGUCUAAAUGUUUGAAUGGCCUUGUGCUGCGUUCAUGUCACGUCUGAUUUUAUAGUGAAAGAUGCCUGUAGAACCGGAGGAGAGUAGGGGUGAGGGGCGGGGUGGGGGUUUACUCAUGAUGGAUGAAUGACUACGACCUGAAGGUGAGGGUAUUUAAUGAGUUUUUAGGGACAGUUUUUAUAACAAAUGGUUCUUCUAGUUCUGUCUCAUUCACUGUGAAGAUGCUCAUAGAAAGUUUCAAUUUAUUCACAUCACAGCAGAAAUAUGAGGCUUGGUCAGUGAUUACCACUCCGGUCUUCAAGGUGGCGCUGUACUGAACUGCUCCGCCUUAGCUAUGGUGCUUCAAUCGAAGCUUCUGACUGUUAAAAACUCUUGUCUUCAUGUGAAGCUGAUCAUUGUCCAGGUGGAGCUCUGUCCACACCCCACCACACAGCAGCAGUAGUCUGAAUGGGGGUUUUCUACUCUCUGACCACAGGGGGCAGUAAUGUGUCCAUCACAGCUUUGUGCACCAGCACCACCAGGACCCUCCAGUGUGCGGGGCUGAUCACAGCUGUUUUCAGAUGAUUUUAGAUGCUGUUCUGACUUAAAGUCCACUCGUCUUUAUUCUGACGUGACCUGAAUGCAACACUUCAGCUGGAGUUAGCUUAUGUUAACUUAGCAGAUAUGAUUAAUGGCAUUUAAACUGGCUAGCUACCAGCAUCAGCAACUGCAAAGUGCAAUGUAAUGAUAAUGUCAUGAUGUAUUGCUAAAGCAGGAAGUGAUGUACUGUACUGUUCCUUUUUAUGUGUCCUUCCAGAAUAAAAGUCUGAUAUUUAUAGUGCUUAAA